UGAAGAAAUUGAUUGAAGUCUACAAAAAUAUAUGCUAAAAUACAUGUGUUUUAAAGAUGUGGCUAGAUUCCCCCACCCCCUCUUUUCCUUUUUAUACUGAAACAGCUAGCUCAGUUAUCUCUUUAAAAUAUAGAUAUAAUUCGGUUAUACUUUGUUUUGGAGAACCAUCUCUUCAUUCAGUAUUCUAUCACCAUGCUGUUAGGAGGAAAAAAGGAGGCAUGGUAUUUUCCACCCUAGAUGCUGUUUUGCUUUCUGUCUCAGCUUGUGGCUGCGUGAGAUGCAAACAAGGCAGCCAUGACGGUUUCCUAUACCUUGAAAGUUGCCAAUGCUCGCUUUGGAGGAUUCUCCAAGCUGCUCUUCCGUUGGAAAGGGAGCAUCUACAAGCUUCUCUACAAGGAGUUCCUUGUCUUCAUUUUGCUGUAUGCUGGCCUCAGUGCCAUCUACCGGCACCUUUUGAAUGACAACCAAAAACGUCUUUUUGAAAAGGUGGCAAACUACUGCAACCAUUCCACUGACCUCAUCCCUCUGUCUUUUGUCCUAGGUUUCUAUGUCACAUUGAUUGUGAACCGUUGGUGGGCCCAGUAUACAAGCAUCCCACUGCCAGAUCAGCUGAUGUGUGUCAUUUCUAGCAAUGUGCAUGGAAAAGAUGAGAAGGGCCGUAUCUUGCGGCGUACUCUCAUCCGUUAUGCCAACCUCUCAUCUGUGCUCAUCCUACGAUCAGUCAGCACCAGGGUGCUUAAGAGAUUCCCUACUAUGGACCACGUAGUGGAAGCUGGUUUCAUGACACAAUCUGAGCGCAAGAAAUAUGAGAGUCACCAUUCAGACUUCAACAAGUACUGGAUCCCUUGUGUGUGGUUCACCAAUCUAGCAGCCCAGGCACGCCGAGAUGGGAGGAUCCGGGAUGACGUGGCACUCCGAUUGCUCAUGGAUGAGCUGAACCUGUACCGCUCCAAAUGCAGUAUGCUUUUCCAUUAUGAUUGGAUUAGCAUCCCCCUGGUGUACACACAGGUAGUUACCAUAGCUGUCUAUUCCUUCUUCGCUUUCUGUGUGGUUGGGCGCCAAUUCCUACAGACCUCUGAAGACGUACAACCUUCUAAAGGAAGCCUAGACCUGUAUGUUCCCCUUCCUACACUCCUCCAGUUUUUCUUCUAUGCUGGCUGGCUGAAGGUGGCAGAACAAAUAAUUAAUCCUUUUGGAGAUGAUGAUGAUGACUUUGAAACUAACAGACUAAUAGACAGAAAUCUUCAGGUGUCUCUGCUUUCGGUGGAUGACAUGUAUCAGAACUUACCUCCAACUGAAAAGGACAAAUAUUGGGAUGAGAUUACAGCUCAGCCUCCAUAUACAAUGGCCACAGUUGCAGAGACCUUAAAACCUUCCUUCAUGGGCUCUACUUUUGACAUGAGGAUGAGCGAUGACCCAGAGCAAAGCCAGCAAGUGGAAGCAUCCCCCAGUAUGAGUCGCAUUCAGACCCCACUGCUCAAUCGCUUCCUCACCGCAGCUGCCUCCCCAGCAGUAAGCCUCAAAAAUUUUGGCAAGAGCAGCCGAAUUCAGCAUGCUCAACUCCUGCGCUUGAGGAAUGACAGCACCUUCCCUGCUACCAGUCCUAGCUUCUACCGCAGGGAAGAUCCAGAGAUGGUUGGCCGCAUUGAUGAGGAAGAGAUGGAGGAUGAAGAAUCUGAACUUGGUGAAUCCCUUGUAUCCAACUCCCACAAGCCUGAAAGUGCAAAGAUGCAGAGAAAAGAACUCCCCGUUAUUACAGUGACGGAGGUAGACACCAUCUCUGACCAGCCCUCUGGCUAAGCCCAGCAAUAGUGAAGCCUUUUGCUUAACUAUUUGAGCAGCUGACCCAAGACAGAUGAACAACCAGGACAGAAAUUUUAGCAUUUUCAAGUCUUUAUUACUUCUGUGGGUGAGUUACCCAGACUACAUCUUAAUUCCAACAUAUUUAAAGAGAGCUAUGAUGGGCUACAGCUCUACCAAAAUAUGGUGGAGCCACUUUCUAUUUCUGAAUUAAUAUUCCCAAACUACAUACAUACAAUUGUUUUGU